AGAGCCUUCCAAAAUGAGGAGCCAAGAAGACUUGGCCAAAGUUUCCUCUUAAGUUUCGUGGAGAGAGACUCAGGUAUAGAAAUAUCCCUACUGCCACCUGACCUGAAGCAGGAGAAACUGCUGACAGCUUGGAGACCAGCCCUGCCAUGUGCACCACUAGCGCCUGCGACCUGGAGGAGAUCCCCCUGGAUGAUGAUGACCCAGACAGCAUGGAAUUCAAAAUCCUGGAGUUCUACGUCAAACACCACGUCUUCAAGAACACCUCUGCUGUCUUCUCACGAAAGCUCCCCAGAACAAGAAGUUUGUCCCAGAAAGGACCGGAGAGUUGGCCGGCAAACGAAGCAUGGACACAGGGGCCGUGCACUUGCAGAAAUUCCCAAUCCAGGGAGAAGGUCAUAAACGUUGCCAAGAAAAAGUCGUCUUGGAGAACACUCUUUGGAGUAGCAGAGAAGGAGGAGGGCUCUCAGAGCUCGCCUCCGGAGUUCCGUUUGGAGGGGCGAAGUACGGUGGGACCUCAGAGGGGUCCUCACGGUCCGCAAUGGCCGAGGUCCCUCUCCAACGUGGAACAGCGCUUAGAGCGUGAAGCCGUGGACCCCAAAGUUGUUUCCAUUGCCAACCGAGUUGCUGAAAUCGUUUAUUCCUGGCCGCCGCCAGAUCUCCACAGCCCGGGAGGAAGCUUCAAGUCCAGAAGGAUUGUGACAUGCCAGGGUCUCCAGAACCAGGGCUUCCAGCCUAGAGCUACAAGUGGGAAGAGAGUGGAUGAUGAGGGGCCGAGCUGGCUCCUGAGUUUGCAGUACGCCAGAACAGAAGGCAUAAGAUUUAUCUGCCAAGGUGGUGUCUCCCAACCCCAGAAGCAAAGCGAUGGAGAAGACCAAAUAAUAGCCAGAAUCGUUGAGCUGCUGAAAUAUUCGGGGGAUCAGUUGGAAAGAGAGUUGAAGAGAGACAAGGCUUUGAUGAACAGCUUCCAGGAUGGGCUGUCCUACCCUGUUUUCAAGACCAUCACAGACCAGUUCCUAAGCGGUGUGGACACCAGGGGAGAAUCAGAGGUCAAAGCUCAGGGCUUUAAGGCUGCUCUUGCAAUAGAUGUCAUGGCCAAGCUCACAGGUAUCGACAACCACCCCAUGAACAGGGUGCUGGGCUUUGGAACCAAGUACCUGAAGGAGAACUUCUCGCCCUGGAUCCAGCAGCACGGUGGCUGGGAAAAAGUACUUGGGAUAUCACAUGAAGAAGUAGACUGAAACAUCAGAGGAUUUGUAAUCUGGAAUACUCAUGGUCCAACUCUGGUCUUGUGUACAUCAGUCUUAGCACAGACUACGGGAGAAAACAAAAAUGGACAAGGCAGAUGGACCAUCAAAAUCUGCAAAACCAUUAUUCCUGCAAAUCAAGAGGCAUCAGGAGAGGCCUUGAAAUCUCUGGCGCAUAGAAUCUAGUAGCAUGGCCCUCGGCAUCCAUGUUUUCAGGUCUCCAUUGAGUGUGUAAGGAAGUCUCGAAAGACGAGUGGUAAUUUUCCAUUCAAAUGCUUAGAACAGAAGUCAUCACCCUGCCUCUGCCGGCCACUUGAGCGAAAGUGUGUGACAGAUGUUUGUUGACCUCCUGAGGGUGAAAUGAUAAAUGGGGCAUGUGCUUACUCUUUGGUUUCCAGUACUAUUUAUUUUUCAAACUUCACUUGAGAUGGCCUGACAAUGACAUUGUUUCAAGCCUACCUUUAGGCCAAUGUGGCUGUUUGUGU